ACUUGAAAACUUUAUUUCUGCCCCACAAGGUAAUAUGGCACCGCCGGCAACGGCGAGUGGUGAGUGACAUGGGACCUCCACCGUCUUCCAAAGUAUUUUAGAAACACUAUUCCACUUCCAAAGUCUUCUUUUUCGUUCUAUUAGCACGCUUGAGAUGACGACUGACAUGGGACCUCCACCGCCGAGAAACACUUCCCCCUCUUCUCCAAUGGAUUCCGAUGCCGGAGCCCUGGAGGAAGAUUCAACCAUUUCUUCAACGGCAACGAAGGCUCCCAUGGGCCCUCCUCCUCCGAAAAGCCCUACCUCUUCUGACUCUGAUCCCCCAGCCCUAACCUCAACUCAAGAAAACGAAUCACCAGUGAAUUCCAUGAAUUCUGAUGCUUCGGAACAUAGUGAGAAUGUUUCAGAUGGCUCCGCAUCUGAUAAAGCUGUGGAACUGGCUUCGAAGCAACCUCAGAGUGUAUCUGUGCCGUACACCAUUCCUUCUUGGAGUGGAGCCCCUUCCCAUCGUUUCUAUUUGGAGGUUCUGAAGGAUGGAUGCAUUAUUGAUCAAUUGAAUGUGUAUGAGAAAGGAGCUUAUAUGUUUGGACGUGUGGAUCUUUGCGAUUUUGUUCUGGAGCAUCCAACCAUUUCUCGUUUUCACGCUGUUCUCCAAUUCAGAAGUAAUGGAGACGCAUACCUUUGUGAUCUUGGAAGUACCCAUGGUUCUUUUAUAAACAAAAAUCAGGUGAAGAAAAAGAUUUUUGUGGACUUGCAUGUUGGUGAUGUCAUUCGAUUUGGCCAUUCAUCUCGCUUGUACAUUUUUCAAGGGCCAAAUCAUUUGAUGCUACCUGAAUCAGACCUGACAGUGAUGAAAAAGGCUAAGAUGCGGGAAGAGACACUGGACCGAGAAGCUUCACUUCAACGAGCACGCCGGGAAGCGUCUGUAGCUGAUGGAAUAUCUUGGGGCAUGGGAGAAGAUGCUGUUGAAGAGGCUGAGGAUGAAGUUGAUGAAAUCACAUGGCAAACAUACAAUGGGCAGCUGACAGAAAAGCAGCAGAAAACUCGUGAAAAGGUUUUAAAAAGAACUGAAAAGAUUUCUCACAUGAAGAAAGAAAUUGAUGCAAUUCGUGCUAAAGACAUUUCUCAAGGUGGAUUGACACAAGGGCAGCAAACUCAGAUCGCUAGGAAUGAGCAAAGAAUUACUCAGAUCAUGGAAGAGCUUGAAAACUUGGAAGAGACACUGAAUGAUAGCAUCAGGGAAAGCCUUGGUGCUCGUUCUGGGAUCCGAUCACGUGGUAAGAAGGGAGGAGGAAUGGAAGACGAUGAAGAAGUUUUAAGUGAUGAUGAUGACUUCUAUGACCGAACGAAGAAGCCUUCAAAUAAAAAAGCUGAUCAAAAUCAAUCAAUUGAAACUGCUGAUUCUCUACUUGAUAAGAGAGAUGCCAUCAAGAAAGAAAUGGAAGAAAAAAGAGAAUUGCUUUUGAGGGAGGAAAACAAAAUGGAAUCACAGACAGAUUUGGACACUGGCACUGAUGCUCUCGAUGCUUACAUGUCAGGGCUUUCAUCUCAGCUAGUGCUUGACAAAACCACCAAGCUACAGAAUGAAUUAUCAUCUCUUCAGCCAGAACUAGAUAGGAUUUUAUACCUGUUGAAAAUUGCUGAUCCAUCAGGAGAGGCAGCCAAGAAAAGGGAAAGUUCAGCCAAGAAAAGUGAUUCAAAUGUAGGAGCAAAGCCUGAAAAAUUUAAUGUUCCUACAUCUGUUAAUGGGAAACCAUGCAAGGGACCACUAAAAGACGGUGAUUCUAAAGAACAAGUGUUGGAUGCUAAACAAGAAGUGAAAACUGCUCAGGAUAGUGUUGAACCUAAUGAUUUAGUUACUGAAAAGAUUGUGGACGAUGCAAAAGAUAAAAAAGUUAUCAGUUAUACAGCUGCAAAGCCCCAGUGGCUUGGGGCUGUCGAAGAAAUGAAGUCCGAAGAAAUUCAGAAGGAGGCUGUACCCUUGGAUAUACAAGAAUCUGAUGAUUUUGUUGACUACAAAGACAGGAAAGAGGUUCUUCAGAAUUCUGAUAAUAAGCCUACGAAAAUAGAUUCUGUGAUCGAAAGUGCUGCCCCAGGUUUGAUUUUGAGAAAACGAAAGCAAGAAGAUCUAUCUGAUAGUCCCUUGGAUGCCUCUCAACAGUCGACAGCAUCUUCUGAGGUAGACAGAGCAAAAUUCAAGGCAGAGGAUGCUGUGGCUUUGCUGUUAAAGCACCAAAGAGGGUAUCAUGGAUCAGAUGAGGAAGAAGUUAGACAUGAAAGCAAGCGUUCGACAGGUCGGAACAAAUCGAAAAAGGAUGAGAAGAAGCCCAAGAGGGUUCUUGGUCCUGAAAAACCGUCAUUUCUUGAUGCAAAAGCUGAUUAUGAAUCAUGGGUACCUCCUGAAGGCCAAUCGGGAGAUGGGCGGACAGCAUUAAACGAACGUUAUGGAUACUAAUUUUCCUAUGUUUCUAGCAAUAUUGCCUGAUAGUGGGCCCCCUCUGUUUCACCCUUAUCGGAAAGAUGCAGUCACUGCCCCAUAAAUUAUGUCAUCAGCCGAGCUGCGUUCAUCAGUGUAAAAAUAGAGGUAACCAGGGACGGGUGGUUUCGAAAACCUUGAGUUGAUGUAAAAAAGAAAGAAGGAACCCGGGCAAAGAUAUUCAAGAAUCGAGGGAACUAGCAAGCUUAGGAAAGUUGCUUGUCCAUAUAACAUGGUAAGAUAGAAUUGUAGAAAUUGAAAAUUGUAUGCUCUCUUGUUCUGGAAGAUGUAAAAUAUGAUACAAGAUUACAUGGGUAGUUCUCUUUACCACAAAAUGUGAUCGUUUUUUUCAAGAUUUGCAACAAUCUUGUAGUAAUAACAGCUGAUGGUACGGAACUAUAGUUACGUUCUUAGGGGUACUAUAGACUUUUGACUCACUUUCCCACCUUUGUCAGAUUUCAUGUACCAUACAUACCCUCCACUUUGUGGGAUUAUCUGAGUUACAUUAGUUAAUUAAACAAUAGAUAGAAGUUUCAUAAA